GUGACGCCCUCGGGCAGUGAGCCUUUCGUCUCGCAGCGCAUCACCAUCACCCAGAACACCGUGAAGCAAGCGUCCUACCGAACCCGGGAGUUUGCUGGCAUGUUCUGCGUGCCCCACUUUGAUGAGGAUCAGGAAAUCCUUGGGGACGAUCCCCUCGUGGAGUCUCUCCUCGACGACUAUGGGCCAAUAGGUAACUCUUACUACCGGAUGGCAGCAGCUUUCGGCGGUCUCCGCAGGUCCUGGCGGAUGGUGCUCGGCGCCGUGGUGUUCUCGGUAUUCCUCAGCUACCUCUACCUGCUGCUCUUGAGGAUUGCGCCCUACCCCACAGCCAUUGUUAGCUUGGCCCUAGUGAUGCUGGCAACUUUCUUGCUCUCCAUCUACUUCCUCUUGGGCGAGGUGCUCUCGGGUGACUGGAAGGUGAGCUACCAGAACAACAACAGCUUCUACAAGCUCUUCGCGACGAGCUACGCUGCCUGGGUCUCCAGGAUUGUGGGAAUCCUCCUGCUGGGCAUGUUCUUCUUCAUGGUGUGUGGCCUCGCAGCGAUGCAACGCGCCAUCUACACGGCCGUCGGCUGUGUCAACAUGGCGGUAGGCUGCAUCUUUGGCAUGCCUUCGAUGAUGCUCACGCCUUGCGUGGAGGCUAUCGUCAAACUCGCCUUGUGGUUCCAGCUCUUCAGUGGGUUGACUUGGCUAUUGGCCACCGCCGAAAUGGAACCAACAAGCCUGGAGUCGCGGGGGGACGUGGUGGCUGGGAUGACCCGCAAGCUGGUCUUUAGCCACGAGCAGACAGCCAUGCUGGUCUACUACGUCAUUGGCACCAUAUGGCUGGUGGAGCUCAGCAAGUCGCUGACCACUUUCGUGGUGUCCUAUGCUGUGAUCCUGUGGUAUUACCAGCCGAAGCCCAAAGGACUUGGACCGUCCUUCCCCUUGAUGAGGGGGUUGAUUGUUUGCUUCUUCUUUCACCUCGGCACCAUAGCCUUGGGCUCCUUCAUGACAGCAGUGACACGGCCUUUCCGGAUCACCUUCACGUGGCUCUCGCGGCAGUCGAAAGAGGGUGGCAAUCCCUGCAUCUCGCUGCUGGCCACUCUCUGCACAGCCUGCAUCACCUUCACUCAGAGGCAUCUGGCGUUCCUGACCAAGGACGCCUACAUCGAUGUGGUCAUCUCAUCGACGCCGUUCCUCACGGCCGCGCAGAACGCUUUCGGCUUCAUCAAGGCCGAUACUGGCAAGGUCUCCAGCCUUAGCGGCUCCGUUUGGAUCAUCAGCUUCGCUGUGACCUCGGGUGUCUUCACACUCUCCGUAGCGAUGCUCUGGACGCUCCUAGUCUUGAACGACCAGCAGAUGAAGGACAGCCAUUACCGGGUGGAAAACCCCUACUUCGUAGCUACCCUCUCUGGGCUCCUCUCGGCGUCCCUGGCGGGCUCCUUCAUG